CCCAGACCGGAAAUGAGGUCAGAAAGGGAAACCCGGGCUGGGAGCUACGGCCCCGAAGGCGGCGCCGGGUGCAAGCGACUGCGGCAGCCGAUGUGGCCUCAUGGAUGAGCUGGCGCAUGACUUGGCCUCAGCCUUGGAGCAGACUUCUGAGCAGAGCAAGCUUGGUGAGCUGUGGGAGGAGAUGGCCCUGAGCCCCAGACAGCAGCGGCGGCAGCUUCGCAAACGCCGAGGCCGCAAGCGCCGCUCCGACUUUACCCAGCUGGCAGAGCAUGCCCGCUGCUUCAGCGAGGCCUCGGAGUCGAGUCUGGAUGAGGCCACCAAGGACUGUCGAGAAGUGGCUCCGCUCACCAACUUCAGUGACUCUGAUGACACAGUGGUGGCCAAACGGCACCCAGCGCUCAGUGCCAUCAUUAGGGGUAAGCAGCAUUCUUGGCACGAGUCUGACUCCUUUACAGAAAAUGCACCGUGUCGGCCCCUCAGGCGCCGGCGGAAGGUGAAGAGGGUGACAUCGGAGGUGGCUGCCAGCCUUCAGCAGAAGCUGAAAGUGUCAGAUUGGAGCUACGAGAGAGGCUGCAGGUUCAAAUCUGCCAAGAAGCAGCGUUUGUCCCGCUGGAAGGAGAAUACUCCCUGGACCUCAGCUGGCCACGGGCUGUGUGAAUCAGCAGAAAACCGGACUUUCCUCAGCAAAACUGGACGGAAAGAAAGGAUGGAGUGUGAAGCAGAAGAGCAGAAACACGGCUCUGAUGAGAACAUGUCCGAAUGUGAAACUAGCAGUGUGUGCAGCAGCAGCGACACGGGGCUCUUCACCAAUGAUGAGGGACGGCAAGGGGAUGAUGAACAGAGUGAUUGGUUUUAUGAAGGAGAAUGUGUCCCCGGAUUCACUGUCCAUAAUCUUCUGCCCAAGUGGGCUCCUGAUCACUGCACUGAAGUAGAAAGGAUGGACUCCGGACUGGAGAAACUCUCAGACCCCACAUUCCUUUUACCUUCCCGGCCAGCUCAAAGAGGGUACCAUGGUCGCCUGAAUCGGUUGCCAGGAGCUGCAGCUCGGUGCCUGAGGAAGGGGCGGAGAAGGCUGCCUGGGAAGGAGAGCAGCAUAAGCAGCCUGGGAACCGACAGGAUCAACCACACCAUCAGUGACCCCCGGCAGACAGAUUUCUGGUUACCAUCAGCUGGGAAAAGAGACCGGAAUCAGUUUAAUCCACUCUCCCCUCUGUACUCCCUGGAUGUUCUCGCUGAUGCUUCUCAUCGAAGGUGCUCCUCUGCUCACUGCUCGGCCAGGCAGGCAAGUGUGCACUGGGGACCAUGUCCACGUGACAUUAAAAGGAAACGGAAGCCUGUGGCCUCAGCAUCUUUUUCUAGCCCUAGUCCAGUGCACCCAGAUGUUCUGGAGCCGGCCAUCCCAGCACAGAAGCCUCCUGACUCAGAGUGCUUGGACGGGACCUCUGCAGCAGAGAAAGCCACUGCCUUUCCUCCAGCCACAUUUUUCAAAACACCACAGGAAAAGAGUUCUGGAUGCAGCUAGAGCCCAGUAACCAAUGGGUGUUGAAACUUCGUAUUGUGCAGUCUUAGUGUUCUGAUCGGCAGUCUUGGUCCUGAUGCCACAAGGACCGAUUCCUUCACACGCAGCAGUUGCUCUUUCUUUUAGGAAAUGAUAUUUGGGGAAUCUUUUUUGUAAAAUAUCAAUUUUCUUUAAAUGGGCGGGCUUCCUCUGCUGUAUUCCUUCCUUUGUUGCUAGCCCACCAUUCACUUCCAGCUGCCACCUUAGAGCUGCCUCUCCUUGGCAGGUGUCUCUCUGUUUUUGAAAAUCUAGGAACAGCUUCUGCACACCUUCUGUGUAGAGCUUUUAACAUCACUGAUGAAGUCCUGAAUGCGCAGCUAGUUGGAAACACAUUCCUGGAUGGAAUUAUGUCUAUGCAGUAAGGCUGGUCGUGGGGCCUCAACUCACUCAGUGCCAGGAAGAUACAGCAGCCACGAUCUCAGUGUGGGGCCCACGGGAGACACCGGCAGGAUGGCUUGGGAGCUUCUUCCCUUGCCUGCACAUGGUCUGAGGGGAUCGCCAGCAGCUCCAUUGUAGCUGCCCUCAUCCUCACGCUCAGUGCUCUCCUGACAGGGCGCAGAGGUCUGUGCAGAAGAGCGGAUGACGCUCUUUCUGAGGCUUUAUCUGAAGUGGGAUUUCGUUGUUAGUGUUUCCUAGGUCAGUAAGCAGUGCUCAGCAGGAAUUCCCGCUCUGUUAUCUGUUGUGGUGCUGGUUGGCUGGGGCCAUGGUGUAGAUGUCUUCUUGACAUGCCUCCUGUGUUUAUGACUGCUCAGCCCAAAGUCGAUGCUACUUUGUCAAGGUGAGGAGUGAGUGAGUGCCGGGCUGCAGGGGAAGAGCCACAUUUCCCAACCGUGUCACCAGAGCACCUGUCAUUCAGGGCGCUGCUUGAUGGAGUGCUCUCUUUACAUCAGCUGAGCAUGCGCACUCUGAAACACACUGUAGCAUUGUUAAAUGCUCACUGCCUUGGUCAUGUCGGAGAGAAUAACCUCUCCUGAGGACAGGUGAUCUAGUGCCUCCUUUUCCUAAAGCGUAAUUCUCUCUCCCACACGGAGUGGAAUCAGGUUCCCCUUGAGAGCUGCAUUCAUUUGGGAGGCUGCUCUGUGACUCCUUAGCAGUGAGGUAGGCAGGGGCCAGAAUGGGAGUCUGUUUGCAAAGGGGAGCGUGAAGCACCAUGUUUAUAGAUCUGUGGGUGGCUGAGACUGUGUCCGCUGAGCAUAACAGUGGUAGAGGGGGUGCAGAGGGAGACCACAAGGUGAGAGGUAUAACACCAAAACCUGUCCCCCAGAACCACCCUGGUUCUUACAAGGAGUGACUGACUGUCUUAGGGUGUCUCAGCCGCAUCCGGAGAAGAUAAGGGGUGUGGCACUGUUCUAGAGUUCAGAGAUGAAUGUGGUGCAUGUGCCAUCAUGUUUCAGCAGUGGCCAAUGGAACACAUUUCUACUGUUCUGGGAUGGGCUGAGGGAGAAAUCUACUGACGAUGCUUUUUAAAUAUUUCCAAACUGGUUCAUGCAGACAUUGGUUCUGAUGACAGCUUGUGGAGACCUCCACAGUUAGGUGCAAAGGUCUUCCCAUAGCUCUCUUUUGUGGUACAUUGUGGUGCACUGCCUGGUUGUCCUCUUUUUUACCUGGGAUUUAAAGUAGCUUCUACAUACAUAUUUAUUUAUAAUUUAAAUAUCUCUCCGAAGCCAUGCCAAUUUUCAGAGGUGAAGGCAGAGUUGCAUGUUUUACUCCAUCACACGAGUGAGCCCAAACUGAAACAACAGAUGGACAUACUGUUCUGCCCUGGUCAUAUAAUCUGUUGUUUCUCAUUGGUAUCCCGAGUCAGCCUGAGGCCUACACCUAUGAAGUGCUUUCAUGACUGUUUAUCAUCUUUAUUUGUCAUGCAUUUCUUCACAUUUCUGAAUACUUUUGACAGGGAUCAUCCAAGAUUACAGCAUCUACCUAUAAUGAAUGGGAAUAAAGUUAUUUAACAAGAAAAUAGAAUAUUAAGCACAUAAAUUCUAAAACAGGGUUGUAAUUUAUGGACAUUAUAAAGUGUAAAUGCAUGCUUUGGGAAGCCAUGUAUCCUGCUUAUUUUCUGUUAACCAGCUUCGGGGCAAACUUUAGUAUCAGUUGUAUUUUAAACUUUACAUUUAAAAAAAUUUUUAUGUCACAGUGGAUAAUGUCAUAAAUUAAGAUCUGCUUUUCAAGGAGGGAUGCAGUUUUGCAAUCAAGUUUUGUUGUCAGUAUUGAAGAUCACCUGAUAGACCUUAGAGAUGGCCAUUGAUUGUGCUUGUGCAUUUCAUACCAGAAUUACUGAAGCCAAGUGCCACGGCUCUGAUGUCCACAUUCUGAUAUAGCCUUAUGGACUGACUACAUGGAUAUUUCUCUGAAUUUCAUUGUUUUUUUGGUUUUUUUUUUCUAUAGUGGACAAAAGUCACAAUAUCUACUUGCAUGAAGUCCAUUCACAAGAUGUUAGCUUUACUGAGAAGUUUAAAGGGAUCUGAGACUAUUUUCAAAUGCAGCAUUUAAAGGAAGAACUUCAUUUGUAUCACCCGGGCAGCUCUUUGGUCAGAGCUGAUGAGGAGAGGAGUCCAGUGCUCUUACAUGGUGCUGCACUGGAGGGCAGAAUGCAGGGUUCUGAGUGACGUGGUCAGGCACCUUGAGGUGGUUAGAAGUCAAUUGCAAUGAAAAAGUUCAGAGCAUUGGCUCUUAAACAAGGCAGUUCUCACAGCAAAUGACCCAAAGUAAAUAAAGCGUCUUAACUUGUGGUGCUUA